AUGAAGCCACCAGUUUGGCCUCAGACCAAUGCUCGGUCCCCUGCCCAAGUGGAUGCUCACUCGGACAUCCAUGUGGAUGUGGAUUUCAUGAUCAUGGACUAUCUUGCCUGUCUCGCAAUUAAUAGCAUCAUCCUGGCAAGCAGAAGACAAACCCAGGACAUAGGUACACAGGAGGAUGAUCUGGACUGGCAAGUUGAGUCACUGGAAGGAUUUCGGAGCUUGGUGGCGUCAACUCACCCCGAGAUACCGUUACCUCAAGACCUACACAUUAAACUGCAACUUCUUGCCGUGGCAGAUGGACUUCGGCAUUAUGGAGCACAGUCACACCAAACCCAGGAAGACUGCCCACGACUGCCAGCUAUCGGGGUGGCGUUCAUGGACCUCUGCACUACAGCAGCUGCGAAGGUAUCGGUAACGCGAUGGUUUGACACUGGUGCACGCUUCAUGGUCCAGGCGGUACUUGAAGAUCAACGCGAAGGGCGUCUACCAUCCGAAGAUAUGUCGAAGCUCUGCUCGUGGUCCCCCAAUGAUCCUGCACUGGGUUCGAAAUGGGUGAACGUCCGGCAGAGGUAUGCCAGCGCAUUACCGGACGCAAUCGAACAUCAUAGAGGGCAGUCAGUGACUCAAAAGUAUCCACUAUCGGAGUUUAAAUCCAUCGUGAUGACAUUCCUCCGUGACCUAAUGACGACACUGGAUCCCCCGAUCAUCAUCCAAUUAGAGCGAGGUCAGCUCAGUGGUCUAAGCCCCGAGGAAACGCAACGCCUAAAGGCCCGAGUGGGGUUGCGCUGA